AUGGUUGUCAUUCUUGCAGACAUUAUUGAAACUUAUAUUCCAGGCGGACUCCCAAGCAAAGAGAAAAUAGAAAUGAUGUCUCAAGAAGAAAGAAAUGAAUUAUCUAGACUUCAAAGCCAAAUAAUCAUUCAUUUCAGAAGAGCUGUCCAAGCCGAACUUGACCAAUUAUCUGUAACAGCUAGGAAAUUAGAAAGAUGUCUUAAUGGGGAAAUUAAAGCAAUAAAACCAAAACAACGAAAUUCAUUUGAUUCUAUCAACGAAUAUCUUAGAGAUAUUAAUGUGACAAUCCAAAAGAUUGAACAUUAUGUUAGAAGUAAAUAA